CCGAUCCCCUGAAGUGUGUGAGUGCGUGCUGGAUUGUUCAUCACGCGAGUUCGGAUACCGUUCUUUCCUUUGUGGCUGACCAGCUGCAACGAUUUUUCGGUGGUUCCAGCGAGUUUUCCCUAGUGCUUCCGGAAUUCGAAAGUGACCGGAUACGGUACGGUUCACUCAGCGUUCAAGUGUUUUGAAAUAAACGGCGAAGGAGUCUCAGGAGAAAACGCCUCAAGAUGAUGUCCUUACCGGGAAGUAUUGCCUUCGAUGAGUACGGCCGGCCCUUCAUCAUCCUCCGGGAUCAGGAGAACCAGAAGCGAUUGACCGGAAACGAUGCCAUUAAGAGUCACAUCAUGGCCGGCAAAUCGAUCGCCUCCACGAUCCGAACCUCGUUGGGCCCCAAGGGUCUGGACAAGAUGAUGGUCAGCGGCGAUGGCGAAGUUACGGUUACCAACGACGGAGCCACCAUCCUGAAGCUGAUGGAUGUGGAUCACGAAAUUGGCAAGCUGAUGGUGCAGCUCAGCCAGUCGCAGGACGACGAAAUCGGUGACGGAACCACUGGUGUGGUUGUGCUGGCUGGAGCUCUAUUGGAACAGGCCGAAUCGCUGCUGGAUCGCGGUAUUCAUCCGAUCCGUAUUGCCGAUGGGUUCGAACUGGCCGCUCAAUGCGCUAUCAAACAUUUGGAUUCGAUUGCUGAACCGUUCCCGAUUUCACGGGAGAACAAGGAACCACUGAUUAAAGUGGCUAUGACCACCUUGGGUAGUAAGAUCGUCAACAAGUGUCACAGACAAAUGGCUGAGAUUGCUGUCGAUGCAGUUCUGACUGUUGCCGAUUUGGAAAAGAAAGACGUCAACUUUGAACUUAUCAAGCUGGAAUGCAAGGUUGGUGGCCGUAUGGAAGACACUUGCCUGGUAAAGGGUGUGGUCGUGGACAAAACAAUGUCCCACUCGCAAAUGCCUAAGACACUGCGAGAUGUUAAGCUAGCCAUCCUGACCUGCCCGUUCGAGCCGCCAAAGCCCAAGACCAAGCAUAAGUUGGACGUUACUUCGGCCGAUGAUUACCGUAAGCUGCGUGAAUAUGAGCAGGAGAAAUUCUUGCAGAUGGUUAAGCAGGUAAAGGAUGCUGGCGCUACCUUGGCCAUCUGCCAGUGGGGCUUCGACGAUGAGGCCAAUCACUUGCUGUUGCAGCAGGAACUUCCGGCUGUGCGUUGGGUUGGUGGACCUGAGAUUGAGCUGAUUGCUAUCGCAACCGGAGGUCGAAUCGUACCGCGCUUCGAAGAGCUGACAACCGAUAAGCUGGGUUACGCUGGAUUGGUCCGCGAAUUGAGUUUCGGAACAACCAAGGACAAGAUGCUGGUCAUCGAAGAGUGCAAGAACUCCCGCGCCGUUACCAUUUUGAUCCGCGGUGGCAACCAGAUGAUUACCGCCGAAGCCAAACGCUCAAUCCACGACGCUCUUUGCGUGGUGCGAUCCCUGAUUCAGGAUUCUCGUAUCGUGUAUGGUGGUGGUGCUGCUGAAAUUGCCUGCUCCUUGGCCGUGGCCCGGGAAGCCGAUCAGCUGUCCACACUCGAACAGUACGCGUUCCGUUCAUUCAGCGUAGCACUGGAAUCGGUUCCUCUAGCUUUAGCCGAAAACAGCGGAUUGCUUCCGAUUGAAACACUAGCAGAACUGAAAUCACGGCAGGUUGCCGAAAAUACGUCAACCCUCGGUGUGGAUUGCAUGCUGACUGGUAACUCGGACAUGAAGGACCAUCACGUAAUCGAAUCGUUGCACUCCAAAAAGCAGCAGAUCAUCCUGGCUACCCAGCUGGUCAAGAUGAUCCUCAAAAUCGACGAUGUUAGAACACCAGCCGAUAAGAACGGUAUGUAAGUGCUGUUUUCUUAUCGGCAUGGUCCGUGUGUGGUUUGAAAAUGAAGCUUGUUAAAGUUCAUUUUCUGUUUUUUUUUAAAUCACCUCAUUCAUCUUUUAGCUUGCAUUGAUGAGCUUCUAACUAUUACUAAUUCUAAAGAAUAAAAAAAUCCAACUAGAUGGUUAAGUGCUUUAUACUCUCGUUUACUUAACACUACAACAUUUGAACCAGUAAAGUCUAGCGUACACAAAACAAUAAAUAACCUCGUACACUCAA